AUGAUUAUUUUUACUCGAGGCUGUGAAAUCGAUGACGAAGAUUUCGACCUAAUUGCUCGGCUCGCAGUUAAACUAAUGCUAGAGGAUCCUAUGUUUCGCAAUCGUAUUUUUUCUUCUCCUGUAACGUUUUCCCCAUUUGGCUUUAUACUAGAGAAACUAAUUUUGAAAUACCUAAUCAAGCACAAUGCACCAGAAAACGUCAUUUCUUUUAUAAGAGACUUCUCCAAAGCUGCACAAGUUAUUGAUGACUUUUUCAUUGAUUUUUCCGAUCCUAUUGAUUCAAGAAAGUAUUGGAAAGAAUUUGACUACAGCCUCUUGGAUGAAGAAAAUCCAAUAGUAGAGUAUUUAGAGAAUCAAAAACAAAACAAAAUCAAAACUACAAUUUCAUAA